CCUCAACUGGUAAUCCAAAAUAUGUACACGUGUGAAUUCAAGAUAAGCAUGAACGCGUGGAGUUUAACCCACUGGGCUUCCCUUCUCUUUCUUUGUCUUGCCAUUUUUCUUGUUUUGAACGAAAACCCAUCAUUUCUUUCUUCUGAAAAUAUGGCUACUGUGGAGGAAUCCCCUAAAUCCAUCUAUGACUUUACUGUCAAGGAUGCUCGUGGAAAUGAUGUGCCCCUUAGCAAUUACAACAGCAAAGUUCUUCUUGUUGUGAAUGUUGCUUCAAAAUGUGGUUUUACAGACUCAAACUACAAGGAGCUGAAUGUUUUGUAUGAGAAAUACAAAGAUCAAGGUUUUGAAAUUUUAGCAUUUCCUUGCAAUCAAUUUGGUUGGCAAGAACCUGGAACUAAUGAGGAGAUCCUGGAAACAGCAUGCACUCGGUUUAAAGCGGAUUUUCCGAUAUUUGAAAAGAUUGAUGUGAAUGGAAAGAAUGCAGCUCCACUCUAUAAGUUCUUAAAAGCAGAAAAACGUGGUCUGUUGAUUGCUACCAUCAAAUGGAACUUCACAAAGUUUUUGAUUAACAAAGAAGGAAAGGUUGUGGAGCGUUAUGGUCCUCACACUUCGCCUCUUCAAUUUGAGGAGGACAUAAAAAAUCUGCUUGGCUCUUCUUGAACAGGAUGAACUACUUGAAAUCAUUUAUGCACUCAAAACUUGGGUAAGCUGUCUUCUGAAACUUUCCUCUGGUUUGACAAGGCAGGACAUUCUGGAACAGCUUGGGCUUCAGCUUUGCUGAUAAUGCCCUAGAAGUGGAAACUUCGCUGUAAUAGUCUCUUAUCUGUGUGCCCAUAUAUGUGUCAUGUUUAUAAUCGCUUUGAUCAUGUAAACAAUCAACAGAAGGUUAAGUGUGUCAUGUUUUUAAUCGCUUUCAUCAUGUAAACAAUCAUCAGAAGGUUAAGUUAUUGAUGGUACUUUUAGUAGUGAAUUUGGAUAUUUUUAUC